UUAGCCGACCAAAGUCGGCAAUUUAGAGUACUAGAUAUUUAGGUUUUAGCACUUUUUUAUAUAUUAUUAAGCUUUAAAACCUAGGGCUUACCAUAUUACCUAAAUAAUUAAAUCAAGAAAAUACCCUAAAAAGGAGAAACAUAUAGAAGGAGAACAAUAAUGGAGGUAACUAAGCUAAGGGUUGUUUUCCUUUUUUCUUUUUUCACCCUAAUUCCAAAGUUAUGGGCAAAUAUUGCUGAAUUUGAUGAUUUUUGGAAGCAACGUGAAGAAGAAGCCUGGAAGAUUGCUCUAGCAGCUUAUGAACCGAGCCCGGAAAAUGUCACCUGUCACCUGAACUAUCAUGUUAACAAGGUUCUUGAAAAACCUAUGUCCAACCAAGUCUUAGAAUUUAAGGAUGUUAUUACUAAUAGCACGAGAAGAUACUUGAGGGGUAAACAUAAGAAAUACACUGGUCCAUGCAUGGCGGUUAAUCCAAUUGAUAGGUGUUGGAGAUGCAAGAAGAACUGGGCUAAGAAUCGCAAAAGACUAGCAAAGUGUGUCCUUGGUUUUGGCCACAAAACUCGUGGAGGGAGUAAGGGAGGAUACUAUUUGGUUAACGAUAAUUCUGAUGAUGAUGUCGUAAACCCUAAACCAGGAACUUUACGUCAUGCUGUGAUUCAAAAGAGGCCAUUAUGGAUAAUUUUUGCCCAUGAUAUGAACAUUAAAUUAUCACAAGAGCUGAUGGUUCAAAGCCAUAAGACAAUUGAUGGUCGUGGAGCAAAUGUUCAUAUAGCAUAUGGAUGUGGCAUUACACUUCAAUUUGUGCACAAUGUCAUAAUUCAUAAUAUUCACAUUCAUCGCGUUGUUAGAAGUAGUGGUGGCCUAAUUAGGGACUCUGAAGAUCAUUAUGGUUUUCGCACAGUCGGCGAUGGAGAUGGGAUUUCCAUAUUUGGAUCAUCAAAGAUUUGGCUUGAUCAUAUUUCCAUGUCUGAGUGUCAAGACGGACUCAUCGAUGCAAUACAAGGUUCCACUGCGAUCACCAUCUCAAAUUGCCAUUUCACCCAUCAUGAUCAUGUGAUCUUGUUAGGUGCAAGUGAUACCUAUUCUAAAGAUCAAUUUAUGCAAGUCACACUUGCAUUCAACCAUUUUGGCAAGGAAUUGAUACAAAGAAUGCCUAGAUGCAGAUGGGGAUACUUUCAUGUCGUCAACAAUGACUACACUCAUUGGAAAUUGUAUGCCAUUGGUGGUAGCACACAUCCCACCAUUAUUAGCCAAGGCAAUAGGUUCAUAGCUCCAGAUGACCCCCUAACUAAACAGAUAACCAAUAGGAACUAUGCAUCAGAGUCAGAAUGGAGGCAUUGGGUAUGGAGAUCAGAAGGAGACCGGUUCAUGAAUGGAGCAUUUUUUGUAACAUCUGGGCCACCCUCACCACCCCGACUGAAAUUCAAAAAGAAAGAUAUAAUUAAACCUAAGCCUGCAAUAUUUGUUGGAAGACUCACUAAAUUUUCUGGGACUCUUAAAUGUAAGGAAGGAGUUAAGUGCUAGAAAUAACUCUAGAUUCUACUGAAGCUCACGACAAUUUGUUUUCCUUUGACGCAUUAAAAAAAUUAAAUCUCCUUUGGAAAUGUGAUUAUGGUAUUGGCUAACUUUAUAUAUAUAUAUAUAUAUAUAUAUAUAUGUAACCAACGUAUUAAAUUUUCUUAAAUUUAAUAAAAUUAAUGCAUUAGAUGUAAAAA